CUUACAUGGUGCACAGCUCUUCCGUGCGGCCCCGCAGCUCUUGCAGGCCCCGCGCGGCCUGAGCCUGCUCGCGCUGCGCUCGCUCCCACUGGCCCAGGAAGCUGUCGAUCCUGCCGCCUAGGCCCCCGAGCAGCCGUAGGGCCUCCUGCACGGCCCCCUCCUCCUGAUGCCACCGGGCGGUCAGUGAGGACACCUCCCUCCUGUAAGGGUAGAGACGCGGGCCCCCCUGCCACCGUGGGCCCUAUGUUCAAAACUCGGUUCUUCGAAGUCCUGCCCUUCCGGGUCACCGCCCCCAGAACGCUCCUCUUCGAGGCUCCACCCCCUGGGCCCAUCCCAGGAUCCCACUCACCUCAGCUCCUCAAGCAGGGAAUUGCAGGCGCCACUCCACCUAUCCUAGCCCAGCCGAGGGACAACCUCCUGCUCCUUCCUUCUCUACGGAUCGUCGCCCUCCUCCCGCCCCCACAACAGCCCAAUCGGGGGUGGGAGUCGGACUGGCCCGGCGAAUCCUCGACGCCUGCGGGGGCGGUCUACCCGCCCAUGGGCCUCAAUCAACGUAAGAGCAAGGAGGCGGAGAUUAAGAGAAUCAACAAGGAACUGGCCAACAUCCGCUCCAAGUUCAAGGGGGACAAAGCCUUGGACGGCUACAGCAAGAAAAAGUAUGUGUGUAAACUGCUCUUCAUUUUCCUGCUCGGCCACGACAUCGACUUUGGGCACAUGGAGGCCGUGAACCUGCUGAGCUCCAACAAGUACACGGAGAAGCAGAUAGGUUACCUGUUCAUCUCGGUGCUGGUGAACUCCAACUCGGAGCUGAUCCGGCUCAUCAACAACGCCAUCAAGAACGACCUGGCCAGCCGCAACCCCACCUUCAUGUGCCUGGCCCUGCACUGCAUCGCCAACGUGGGCAGCCGUGAGAUGGGCGAGGCCUUUGCCGCUGACAUCCCUCGCAUCUUGGUGGCUGGGGACAGCAUGGACAGUGUGAAGCAGAGUGCAGCCCUGUGCCUGCUGCGGCUCUACAAGGCCUCACCCGACCUGGUGCCCAUGGGCGAGUGGACGGCCCGCGUGGUGCACCUGCUCAACGACCAGCACAUGGGCGUGGUCACAGCCGCUGUCAGCCUCAUCACUUGUCUCUGCAAGAAGAACCCGGAUGACUUCAAGACAUGCAUCUCCCUGGCUGUGUCUCGCCUGAGCCGGAUCGUCUCCUCGGCCUCUACCGACCUCCAGGACUACACCUACUACUUCGUCCCGGCGCCCUGGCUCUCGGUGAAGCUCCUGCGGCUGCUGCAGUGCUACCCCCCGCCAGAGGACGCGGCCGUGAAGGGGCGGCUGGUGGAGUGUCUGGAGACCGUGCUCAACAAGGCCCAGGAGCCGCCCAAGUCGAAGAAGGUCCAGCACUCCAACGCCAAGAAUGCCAUCCUCUUUGAGACCAUCAGCCUCAUCAUCCACUACGACAGUGAGCCCAACCUCCUGGUCCGGGCCUGUAACCAGCUAGGCCAGUUCCUGCAGCACCGGGAGACCAACCUGCGCUACCUGGCCCUGGAGAGCAUGUGCACACUGGCCAGCUCCGAGUUCUCCCACGAGGCGGUCAAGACCCACAUUGACACCGUCAUCAACGCCCUCAAGACGGAGCGGGACGUCAGCGUGCGACAGCGGGCGGCCGACCUCCUCUAUGCCAUGUGCGACCGGAGCAAUGCCAAGCAGAUUGUGUCAGAGAUGCUGCGGUACCUGGAGACGGCCGACUACGCCAUCCGCGAAGAGAUCGUCCUAAAGGUGGCCAUCCUGGCUGAGAAGUACGCCGUGGACUACAGCUGGUACGUGGACACCAUCCUCAACCUCAUCCGCAUCGCGGGCGACUACGUGAGCGAGGAGGUGUGGUACCGCGUGCUACAGAUUGUCACCAACCGUGACGACGUCCAGGGCUACGCUGCCAAGACCGUCUUCGAGGCGCUCCAGGCCCCCGCCUGCCAUGAGAACAUGGUGAAAGUUGGCGGCUACAUCCUUGGGGAGUUUGGGAACCUGAUUGCUGGGGACCCUCGCUCCAGCCCCCCAGUGCAGUUCUCCCUGCUGCACUCCAAGUUCCACCUGUGCAGCGUGGCCACCCGGGCCCUGCUGCUGUCCACCUACAUCAAGUUCAUCAACCUCUUCCCGGAGACCAAGGCCACCAUCCAGGGUGUCCUGCGGGCCGGCUCCCAGCUGCGCAACGCCGACGUGGAGCUGCAGCAGCGCGCCGUCGAGUACCUCACCCUUAGCUCGGUGGCCAGCACGGACGUCCUGGCCACGGUGCUGGAGGAGAUGCCACCCUUCCCCGAGCGAGAGUCGUCCAUCCUGGCCAAGCUGAAACGCAAGAAAGGGCCAGGGGCCGGCAGUGCCCUGGAUGAUGGCCGGAGGGAGCCCAGCAGCCACGACAUCAAUGGGGGUGUGGAGCCCACCCCCAGCACCGUGUCCACGCCCUCACCCUCCGCCGACCUCCUGGGGCUGCGGGCAGCCCCUCCCCCAGCGGCACCCCCAGCUCCCUCGGGUGCGGGCAACCUCCUGGUGGACGUAUUCUCCGACGGCCCGGCCGCCCAGCCUAGCUUGGGGCCCACCCCCGAGGAGGCCUUCCUCAGCGAGCUGGAGCCGCCUGCCCCUGAGAGCCCCAUGGCUUUGCUGGCUGAUCCAGCUCCAGCUGCUGACCCAGGUCCUGAGGACAUUGGCCCGCCCAUCCCGGAAGCCGAUGAGCUGCUGAAUAAGUUCGUGUGCAGGAACAACGGGGUCCUGUUUGAGAACCAGCUGCUGCAGAUUGGAGUCAAGUCAGAGUUCCGGCAGAACUUGGGGCGCAUGUAUCUCUUCUAUGGCAACAAGACUUCAGUGCAGUUCCAGAACUUCUCUCCCACCGUGGUCCACCCUGGAGACGGGCGGGCACAGCUGGCCGUGCAGACCAAGCGGGUGGCCUCGCAGGUGGACGGUGGGGCACAGGUACAGCAGGUGCUCAACAUCGAGUGUCUGCGGGACUUCCUGACGCCCCCCCUCCUGUCCGUGCGCUUCCGGUACGGGGGCGCCCCCCAAUCCCUCACCCUGAAGCUCCCGGUGACCAUCAACAAGUUCUUCCAGCCGACGGAGAUGGCGGCCCAGGACUUCUUCCAGCGUUGGAAGCAGCUGAGCCUGCCCCAACAGGAGGCGCAGAAAAUCUUCAAAGCCAACCACCCCAUGGACGCGGAGGUCACUAAGGCCAAGCUCCUGGGGUUUGGCUCUGCUCUCCUGGACAAUGUGGACCCCAACCCAGAGAACUUCGUGGGGGCUGGAAUCAUCCAGACGAAAGCCCUGCAGGUGGGCUGUCUGCUCCGGCUGGAGCCCAAUGCCCAGGCUCAGAUGUACCGGCUGACCCUGCGCACCAGUAAGGAGCCCGUCUCCCGUCACCUCUGUGAGCUGCUGGCCCAGCAGUUCUGAGCCCUGGACUGUGCCCCCGGGGAUGUGGCCGGCACUGGGCAGCCACCAGGACUGAGGCAGCCGUGGUGGAUGGGGCAGCGAGGGGACCUCCGCUGGUGACAGGGAAGACCCCGGGGUCGGGGGGUGCCUAGGACCUUCCUCCAGCCUUUUGUAUUUUUAUUUUUGUUCAUCUGCUGCUGUUUACAUUCUGGGGGGUAAGGGGGAGCCCCCUUCCUCCCUUUCCCCCCCGAAGCACAGAGGGGAGAGGGGCCAGGGAAGUGGGAAUGUCCUCCCCUCCCACCCCACCCUGUCGUAGCCCCUCCUGCCCCCUCCCUGUCCAGGGGCUGUGUAUUAUUGUGAGCGAAUAAACAGAGAGACGCUAACA